AUGACCAAAGACGACUCCGCCGAGCUCCCAUCCGAGGAAGACCACCAGGCGCUGGAAUUCCAGAGCCCAAUCCUGGAGAGGAGGAAGAAGCCCAUCGUCCACCCUUCGGCCCCAGCUCCGCUCCCCAAAGAUUAUGCUUUCACUUUCUUUGAUCCCAACGAUCCCGCUUGCCAAGAAAUCCUUUACGAUCCCAUCACCACCGUCCCGGAGCUGUUCGCCAUCAUCCGCCAAUGGGUUCCCCAGGUGCAGCACAAGAUCGACAUGAUCGGCAAUGAGAUCCUGAAGCGUGGCUGCCACGUCGAUGACCGGGAUGGGCUGACAGAUAUGACUCUCCUGCAUUACGCAUGUAAAGCUGGCGCACAUGGCGUGGGUGAUCCCGCUGCCGCCGUGCGCCUCUCUAACCAGCUGCUGGCCCUGGACGCAGAUGUGACGCUGCGCAGCCGCUGGACCAACAUGAACGCGCUCCAUUACGCGGCCUACUUUGACGUCCCCGAACUCAUCCGCAUCCUCCUCAAGGCCUCCAAGCCCAAAGAAUCCCAACUGAGUCCGUACUGCUUUUUUCCCCCUGAAGUUCUCAACUCGACAUGCAGUGAUUUUAACCAUGGAACCGCCUUACACAUCGCUGCUUCGAAUCUCUGUCUGGGGGCCGUGAAGUGUCUUCUGGAACAUGGGGCCAACCCCGCUGUCAGGAACAGCAAAGGGCAGGUCCCAGCUGACGUCGUGCCCGAUCCCAUGGACAUGACCCUGGACAAGGCCGAGGCUGCCAUGAUCGCCAAGGAGCUGAAGCAGCUGCUGCUGGACGCUGUGCCCCUGACGUGCACCCUGCCCAAGGUCACCCUGCCCAACUACGACAAUAUUCCUGGCAAUCUCAUGCUGCUCUCUCUUGGCCUCAAGCUGGGUGACCGGGUCCUGGUGGACGGGCAGAAGGUGGGCACCUUGCGUUUCUGUGGCACCACUGAGUUUGCCAGUGGCCAGUGGGUCGGCGUGGAGCUGGAUACGCCGGAGGGCAAGAAUGAUGGCAGCGUGGGCGGCAUCCGCUACUUCAUUUGCCCUCCGAAGCAUGGACUAUUUGCUUCGGUGUCCAAGAUCUCCAAAGCUGCUGACCAAACACCAUCGGUCACCUCCACCCCACGGACCCCCCGCAUGGAUUUUUCCCGCAUGACAGCCAAAGGGCGCAAGGAGAAGGACAAGGACCGGAAAGCGCUCAGAAAGAAGUCCUUAUCCGUGGGCAGCCUGGACCGCGAAGGACUGAAGAUCGACAUUGGAGAUCAGGUGCUGGUGGCCGGACAGAAGCAAGGGGUCAUUCGUUUCUACGGGAAGACCGAUUUUGCUCCAGGCUACUGGUUUGGAAUUGAGCUGGACAAACCGACAGGGAAGCACGACGGCUCUGUUUUUGGGGUUCGCUACUUCACCUGCGCCCCUAAGCAUGGCGUUUUUGCCCCCCCGUCCAGGGUCCAGAGAAUUGGAGGCCCCAAGGACUCCCAAGAUGGCACUUCAGGAAAGAAGGUGCACCAAGUUACCAUUUCACAGCCGAAGCGCAAUUUCACCACAGUCAGAUCUCCGAAAGACAUCACGUCAGAAAAUUCCAUCUCUAGGAUCCUCUUCUGUUGCUGGUUCCCGUGGAUGCUGCGUGCGGAAAUGCAGCCGUAG